AUGCUCAUGAACCUGGACUGUUCACAAUGUCUGCUUAAUCGUCAUUUUGUGCCUAUGUCGUAUUCUAUAACCAUGCACACCCUCCUUUGCAUUAUAAUUACUGCCGGAUUGCUGCUUCCUCUUUCCUGUGUUCUGUCCAAAGAUCAUGCUGUUAAUCUGUCUGACACAGUGGUGAUUGAAGAAAAGCUAGUGGAAGAAUUGCCCAGUGGACAUGUAGUUUUAAACUUGAACAAAGCAGUUGCUUUGCAUGACGCUCGUCAAAAUUAUUCUCAGCACCACUUUGUUUCCGAGUCACGAAUAUUUACACUGAUCCCUGCUGAGCAGCAUGAGUACUUUAGAGUCUCACCGAAUCAUGAUUUGGUUGUAAUUAAACGAAUUGAUCGCGAAAGCAUUUGUGGAAAUGAAGAACAGGACGAAUGUCUGCUUCGGUUGCAAUUAAACGCUCUUCAAACAGCGGAGCACAACUCCAGAACUCGUUUGCGCACUGUUUUCGUGAGAUUUUUUCUUGUUGACACAAAUGACAAUCGCCCAAUUUGUCAUCCCCCAUCUACCUCCCUCAAGGAUGAUCAAUUCUCCCUCCCAACCAUAGAGGUGUCUGAAGAUGUUCACAUGAACGAAGUUCUUGCUUCUUGGACAAUUACAGAUGCAGAUACUUCCAAUCACGGCAUUUAUGGCUUCCGUCAAUUGUCAACUUCACAGCAUGAUUACGCUGGUGAUCAAUUUUCUCUUGAUCUGUCAGAAGCUACGCUGACCCAACGGCCGUGGUCCAAGGUCACCAUUCAACUACGCUUAAAUCGCCCCUUUAAAAGGCAAUCAUCUGUGAAUUCAAAAAGUUCUAAACUUUUGGGAGAAUACUUGGUAAAAUAUGCAGUCUGGGAUAGUCCCGACGAACCCAGUGAUUAUAGUCCCUCCCAUAGGACAGUUUGUCAUCUUCGCGUUCAUGUCUUGGAUAUUAAUAAUCACUGCCCUGAAUGGAUUAGCCCUCCGGAAUUCAAAUUCAACCAACCAGUUCAAAUUGAUUUGAAAGAGGGUACUGCUGGAGGUGUUGGACGAAAUAACCACAUUCUGAAAUUUGAAGCCACAGAUGGGGACAUUGGUCCAAACGCACGUAUUCAGUAUCUCAUGAUGAUGGGUACUGACAAGCCAUUGGAAGGGGAGAAUCUUCUCAACAAUUUUCUGCAUCUAGAUUCUCGUACAGGUGUUCUCCGGCUAAGGCGUUAUCCCAUCGAUUAUGAGGCUAUUGCUCGUCAACUGCCCCUAAAACAGAUAAGUCCAGAUGGCAAUGAAGGUGCAGGCAUUCGGUUUUUUGUUAAAGCAGUGGAUUCUCCAAAAGACGAGUCACAGCAGCGUAGCAGCUCGAUUGGCGAGGUUGUUUUGUACAUUCACGAUAUUAAUGAUUCAAAUCCAAAAAUCACCGUACUUCCCAUAUCCCUAAUGCAAUCGUUUAGUCCAGGCGGUAAGAAGAUGCUGAGUGUGAGAGAAAACCUCCCAGCUCUCGAACCUGUCGCAACAGUGACCGUGGAGGAUCCAGACACGGGUAGUGGAGGCCGGGUAGAAUGUGAUCUGAUUGAAAUCGCCUCAAAAAAUGGCUCUAACCCUUACUUCCGUUUGAUUAAAACCACCUUUCCUGAAUGGACUACCAAACAAAAUAACAUGGGAUAUCAAAUUCUAACAGCAGGUCCUUUAGAUCGUGAAUCACAGAGCUCACACGAUCUCCGUCUUAUCUGCAUUGAUGGUGAGGGGGCAACUAAUCCAAAUGAAGUACGACUGACCUCUGUCGUGAAUAUUUUUGUACGUGUUUUGGAUGAAAACGACUGCCAUCCUGAGGCUUCUCCCACAGAAAAUGAGUUUCUUUCAGACGGAAUCACAGUGGCAUGCAAGGUAGUGGAAAAUGUGAAGCAAGGCAUGAAGGUUUGUCAAAUUAAAGCCGUCGACUGCGACGAAAGGGAGAACGCAAUGGUGGAGUGGACUGCGGGACACGACAUGCCUGGAUGGUUAAAGGUGGAUGCCGACAGUGGAUGGUUGGUAGUGUCUGGACCUGGGGGUCCUGAUAGGGAGAUAGCUGAGCGACACAACUUCUCCGUCAUUGCAACAGAUGGGAAGAGGGGUAGGACUCGUCUCUCUACCACCAUAGCUGUCUCUCUCGAGGUGACUGACGUCAAUGAUCACGCACCUGAGAUUGGGUCCUUUUUCUACUUCGCCAUCUCUGAGUCGGCUCCUCCUGGAACACUGAUUGGGCGUCUGAACGCUACAGAUAGGGAUAAAGCGGGAACAGAAAACGCAGAGCUUACUUACAUUAUCGUGAGAAUGCGUCCGUACGAUCCUACCAGAAUAUCCUCUUUCGAGGUAAACGAGAAACCUAUCGUUUGGUCGUACUCAAGCACAGGCUCUCAAAAAAGCAAAAUUCCUGUUGUGGUAAGCACCCUUUUCGCAUACAUACAGCUGUGUCAGAAAUUAAUUUCUUAA